UUACUAGCAUAACAUCGACGUUGUGGACACUUUAUAGCAACAAAGGUUUGGACCAUUCAAAGCAAUAAUGAAGUUCGUAAGGUUUAUAAUGAAACACGCCGCCUUGGCCAGUGUGCCCAAACACAUCGAGCAUUUCUCGAAAUUCUCUCCUUCACCGCUCUCUAUGAAGCAGUUUCUGGAUUUCGGUUCCAUCAACGCAUGUGAGAAGACUUCCUUUGUGUUUUUGAGGCAGGAGCUCCCUGUAAGACUCUCAAACAUCAUGAAGGAAAUUAACCUGUUGCCUGACAGGCUGCUCACAACUCCAUCUGUACAGACAGUGCAGAGCUGGUACAUCCAGAGUUUAUUAGAAAUCCUUGAAUUUCUAGACAAGAGUCCUGAUGACCACAAAGUUCUUGGAGAGUUUGUUGACACCUUGGUCUCCAUCAGGAACAGGCACAACGACGUGGUGCCCACCAUGGCUCAGGGGAUCAUAGAGUACAAAGAGGCCUUCUCCCAUGACACAGUCACCAACCUGAACAUCCAAUACUUUCUGGACCGCUUCUACAUGAGCCGCAUCUCCAUCCGCAUGCUCAUCAACCAGCACACUCUUAUUUUUGAUGGUACCCUCAACCCUAUCCAUCCAACUACCAUUGGGUGCAUCGACCCUCACUGUGAAGUCGGAGAUAUAGUCCAGGAUGCAUUCCAUAGUGCCAAGAUGCUGUGUGAGCAGUACUACCUCCGCUCCCCCGACCUGAUCCUGCAGGAGAUGUGCAGCAAGAAGAAGAACCAUCCGACGAGCAUCGUAUACGUGCCCUCUCACCUUUAUCACAUGCUGUUUGAGCUCUUUAAGAAUGCCAUGAGAGCCACUAUUGAGACCCAUGACGACAGCAACAACCUCCCACCCAUCAAAGUCCUGGUGUCCCUUGGAGACGAGGACAUGUCAAUCAAGGUCAGCGACAAGGGUGGCGGUGUCCCCUUUCGCAAGAUGGAGAACCUUUUCAGCUACAUGUACUCCACCGCUCCUGCUCCACAGAUAGGAGAGCGCACACGGCCCCCACUGGCUGGCUUUGGCUACGGUCUGCCCAUCUCUCGUCUCUACGCCAAGUACUUCCAGGGGGACCUGCAGCUCUACUCCAUGGAGGGUCACGGCACGGAGGCUGUCAUCUACUUGAAGGCGCUGUCCACUGACUCCAUCGAGAGGCUGCCGGUGUACAACAAAACCGCUCUGAAGAACUACAAAGUGAGCCAGGAGGCGGACGACUGGUGCAUACCCAGUAAAGAGCCUCUAGAUCUGAGCAGAUAUAAAGUUCCCAAGUGAAAAUGUCCCUCAAGCUCACAUGUAGUACCAUGAAGCCUUCUUCAUAUUCCCAUGGCAACAUUUUCCUGCUAAGAGGGUCCUCGCCAGACUAAAGGAGGCAGACUACCCUUUUAUCUUUAGUUUUAGAAGUAGCAUGACAUCCUGAAAUGAUGUUGCUUUCAAUCCCAUCGCUCCUUUUUGGGUUCAUAGGAAAAUACAAACCAAUGCAUCAUAGAUCAGGUGCAGGUAGAGACAUAGGAAGCACUUGCGACUAAAAACAGUUGGAAUAAAAGUGGAGCGACGUAAAGGAGGCUUCAAAUAUUCCAGUUUAGGACAAAACAAGUGCUGCAUGUUUAUCACAGCAGGUGUUUGAGGAGCAAGAUAAGGAAGUUAAACAGGGCGGACCUGUUGUUGAACAAUGUAAGAGUGGGAAAUGUCACCCAUGCCUUAAAGUAGCUAUUUCACCCAAAGGUUCAUUUUAUUUAAAUAACUUAAGUAUUUAAAAUAAUACUUAUGCCGCACCGUGUUACAUUUACCGUCUGUAGAUUUGACAAAAUGUAUGACUCUGAAAGUGUUUAUUGUGCUUAUGCAUGGGUAUUUGUUUGGAGCUUUUGACCUGUAAAGGUUAAGUGACAGUUUUGCGUUAACUGAUAAGAUACACGGUUAUCUUACCAUCAGUUUUCUGGACCAGACCGACUCUCUUCUGUGCAAUAAUUAACAUGUUUUACAUAUGAGAAAGUACAGCACUAUAGGGCCCAAGUUCUAUUUAAUAUAGCUUUUACCGCAGACUUGCUUUUUGUUUGGAGUUGCAAAGCUUUUAGCUGAGUUCCAUAGAGGCUGGUGUUAUUAAACCCCAGAAGGCAAUGCAUGGGCUCUCUACCAGUCUGUGUUCCAAUAACGCAAGGCCAGUCUCAGAUUGUUCAUCUGUGCCUUGUGAGGAAAGAAAUGUGUUUUUGAAAAUGUUUUAUUUUGUAUUAAAUGAAUCCUUCCUAAUCGUACUAUAAUUUAAAGGUUAUUAUAUUUUAUUAUAGGCUACACUUUUUGCGACUGAAAUGAUUGUACAUAGUGUGAAUAAGUCCAGAUAAUAAAAAGACAACUUAAAUACAA